AUGUCCGGUUACAACUACGGACCGCCGCCGCCACCGCCCCCGGCAGCACAGGCGAGUCAUCCUGGCUACAGCCAUCAUAGUGGUCCUUAUCAACACCACUCUAGAGGGAAUGGAGCUCCCGCCGCUCGGGGCGGGCGUGCGGGUUACUCGUCGAAUGGUCGUCCCGAAUACCCGCCAGCCCCUCAGCCUCAAUACGAAUAUAGUCGACAGCAGCCAUAUCCUCAGCCAAGCCCUGGCUACCCAGCUCAGCCCACCAGCGGCAGCUAUCCUCCCCAGCAGCAAUGGCAUCAAGAACACGCCCAUUCGACGCCCCAGCAUGGCGCUCAUGCUCCUACUCCGCUCUCAAGUUCCAACUACCACCCCAACUAUGCCCCCCAAGUCUACUCCCAUCCUCAACACGCCCAGCCGCCACCGCAUCAGCCAGGAUAUGGCCCUCCACAACAGCAACAGUACGGACAACCAUAUCACAACCCUACACCAUACAGUGCUCCCCAACAGUGGGCUGGUCAUGACCAGCAUGCCCAGAAUCAGUACGGCGCUGGUCGCGGCCGUGGCGGCUAUGGUAAUGAUCGUGGUGGCGCCCGAGCUCCUAGCAUGAGUGCACCUGCCCCAGUGGCCUAUGGCAACGAAGGAAUACAGCAUCAAGUGGGCGGUGGAUACAGCCAACCAUAUGGGGACCCUCGCGCUCAACAGGUCCCCUACGCAGCCCCCCCUCAAUACCCGUACCACGCUCCUCCUCCUCCUGCUCCGCACGCGUCGGGCCCUUCGCACGAGCCCUACUACAAGCAGGAUGGGCAAUCCGGUCGCGGUCGAGGCGGCUUCCGCGGAAACAACAUGCGCGGUCGAGGUUUCCAUCAUGGCAACGACAGAGCGCGUCAUCGUUCUCAAGGCAAUCAUAACCACAACCAUCGCCAAGACGGAGGUUUCCACAAGCAUGACAAUUCCGCAUCAGGCAAGAAGAAGAAGCGGAAGACUAACACCCUGGGUCUUACUCCCGGUCAAGACUCGGACUCGGAAGACGAUGAGAUGGAAGAGGAGACGCUUCGCAAGCUCAUAGGAUCAGAUGCACUGCAAGUAACUGAUGUUGCCGCUUACAUCGCCGAGCGGAAGAAGCGCUUCCCCACGGCUGCAAGAGUUAAGGCAAAGAAGUCUGCCGAGGUGGCAAAUGGAAGCAGCGACAAGUUUGCUGCUGCUCUGGAGAAAGAGGAGAAUCUUGCGAGCAAGCUGAGAAAACAGCUGGAGAAGGUGGAGUCGUCUAUAAAACGCAAGCGUGAACAGCAAGACGAGGGUGAUGAGAUGAGAGACAGCUCCCCUAUUGACCUAAAAUCUGAAGACGACGAGCCAGAAGUCGUGUCUAGUCGUGUUCAGCAGGCCCCUCCUCCACCUCCUCCCGCAAAGAAGGCAGAUGUCACAAAACAUUGCAAGUACUACUCGACAGGGGGCACCUGUGGCAAGAAGGGCAAGUGCCGUUUUGUCCACGACCCUGCUGUGAGAGAGGCCGCAAUCAAAGAGCGGGAGGCAAAUAACGGCCAGCUUACGAUCCAGCAGCGUUUGAUCCUCAACGAUAAGGACCAGGAAGACUUGACUGUACUUCAGUCAAUACAAUAUUUGCGCGAAAAGGGUUUGAUGAAGGAUGAAGAGAACAACACCCCUAAAGGCCCAAAUGGGCAUCAUACAUCUGGCAACUCAACCCAAACACGUCAACAAAGCAGCUUGCCAGCUGCCCAUUCAUCACUCCCUCCGCCGCCCAUGAAGCAUCAUAACGGCCUCCCUCCACAUAAUCCGCCUCCGUCCUCACUCUCCACCGGCAACAGUGGUUCCACUGUUCGAUAUAAAGGCUGGAAUCUGAGUGGAUAUGGGAACUCAGGUCUCAAGUCGGAAGAUCUCCCAUAG